AUGUCAAAGGGGACAGAUUUAGGCUCAGAAGAACUGGCGGAUGUUCCUACGGGCCAGGUAGAGAGCAACCAAUCAGACAAACCAAAGUCGUCAAAACGAAAAGGAAGCCUUGAUUCCACGAACGAUUCGCAAUUGCUACAGGUUGAAAUAAAUACUCAAGGUAUAAAAAGUAAUAAAGACGACAUUGUUUGGAGGCAUUACGGGGGAAAAAAGCGGUUUUCCAUUUGCAACAAAACCGAUUCCAUACAUGCCGUAAAAAUUCGCUGCUCAGAUAAUUCUCUGUUCAGGAUUACACCUGCGAUGGCGAGUGUCCAACCUAAUGAAACACUUACGGUCAGAAUCUACCGAACAAGAUCACCAAUAAAACCAGACAAAAUUGUUAUUUUUGUUACACCGGUACGAAGACUGUUUUUGGGACGAUUAGAGAGAAUUGAGCUGGGCCACGCUUCUCUCCAUAUACUACACCCCGAACUCUAUGUUUUCCAACAGACGGCCAGAAUAGAGCGGCAUCUCAAAGAGCUGUUCCGAAGUCCAUACCUUCCUAUAAGCAAGAUUUCAAUAAAUCAGCAAAUCGAAGCAAAGAUAGGCGAUAUACUAGCAUACUACAAGCCAUGCGCGCCACCUGGAACGCCAUGCUUGAAAUUUGACCAUGUGAAAGUUCUCUUCAAUGGUGCGGUGGGAGGCAGCCAGAACUUGCGUAUUACUAAUACUCUUGCACUGCGAAUCGGGAUCAAAAUUCAAUGCACGGAUAACUUCUUAUACACAUUCAAACCAAUAUUCACUACUAUGGAAAAAAAAGAGACAAUUCGUAUAAAGAUAACAAGGUCUCCACAUCCAAGGAAAAAAGACAAGAUGGUUGUUUGCACUACAAUCUUGAAGGACCAGACCCUCGAGGACCUCCCGGACUUAUUCGAUACAAAAGGCUUGAAGAUAACGGAAAUUGUCAUACCUCUUACAUGCACUUGA